AUGCAAAAAUAUUUAUUGGAUAAUUUGCCGCUUUCUUUGCAAGAGCGAAACUUACUCAAUGCUAAUGGGCAAUAAGUCUAUGAUCAAGUUAUGAAGGAUGGAGGGUUCGUUAAAGUAUUUUGUCAAAGGGAGUUGCCUGAGUAUUUGAAAGAGGACGAUUGGGUAAGUUUCUAUCAAAGCAAAGUAAUUGCAUAUGAAUACAAAUCAAUGGUUGAUGGUUCUUGCAUAGGAAAACCAUAUUAUUAUAAUUAUAAUGAAAUGCUAAAAAUAUAUGAACAGAAGUCGUUAUCUUGGUUAAAACAUCAAAUAAGUAUUCUCACAAUAGAUCCAAAAGCAUUAUAAAUGAUAAAUGUGUUUUUUAAUUUUGAAGCUCUCAAAUAGAAUCAUGGCAACUAAUCCAUUGAUAUCAGAGUAUAAUAGCCUGGAUAUGAUUCAUUUUAACCUUGCAAAAUAAAUUAACAGUUGGAAGGAAUGAAAAUUAUGGAUUAUGUGGAUUACCUUGAUGAUCCAUCAAAAAUUAUCAAAAAGGAAAGACUUUCAGCAGAACAAAGAUUAUUUGCUGUAAACGUUAACAUGCAAGGAUGGGAUAAGGAAAUAAACCAUUUAAAACAGUUCUUACCAAAGUGUUUGAGACCUCAAGGUGAUAAUGAUGGAUUAAGCUACUUAAGAUAGGAAAUAGAUGGUGUAAAUAUACCUUAAAUUUAUAUUAAAACAGAUGGAGUAUGGACAGGGGGUCAUUAAGAAAACCUUAGUGUUAAUGCUAUCAAUAUCAAUCAUGGUCCUGCAGAUUGUGUUUGGAUCACAGUCGAUAAUGAGCAUGUGUAAAAAUUAAGAUAAAAAGUCUUAGAACUUUAUGACACAGACAUAUUUAAAAAUGAAGGUUUGUGGUUUAAGGAACCUGAAUUCUUUUUGAAAAAUGCAAUACCUUUUAGAUACACAUUGUAAAAGAAAGGGGAUAUUGUAAUCUUAGGUGCUGGGUGUUUACAUUGGGUCAAGUCUUUUGGAUAAACUAUCAAUACAGCAUGGAAUUAGGUUGCUUUAGAUGAUGUGACUCUUGAAGCCAUGAGUGAAAGACACACUUUAAAUAAAGAAAUUAAUUACAGAACUGUAAUUCCAUAUAAGAAUUUGAUGUUAGAUUUAUAUAUCCACGAAAAGUCUUUAUCAUAGAUGGCAAUCGAGAGAAUUUAAUUAGAACUUCAAAAUUAUUUUGAUUAAGAAAAUAGAAAGUUAAAUUUGAUAGACCCACCAUCAUUUUCAUUGGUUGAGUGUUGUAAAUAGGUUUAAUUGUGUUCUAAAUGCGAACAUGAGAUAUUUUUAUAUUUUUACCAUGACAAUGAGCAAUAUUUAUGUUUAGAUUGUGUUCUGGAUAAGUCCAAUCAUAAAGGUCUACAUAUUUCCAUGAAAUACAGAUAUCAUUGCUUUUAUUUCUUAUUGUAAGCAUAACCAACAAAUUGCAACCAAGAGUUCUGUUGUUCUUAUACUGGAAAAACAAAGUGUUCAAUUCAACAGGAACUUAAGCCAGCGUAAUUGAAAUACAGAGGAUAGCACAAGUUAAAUUCAAUGCUGCAUGGAACUGAUAAAAUGAAGAAAAAGAAAGUUGAGAGAAUUGAUUCUGAGGUUGAUGUAAAAACAACAGAAAAUAAUGAUAAAUAAAAGACCAGAGGUAGGAAACAAUCUAUUGAUAAAUCAUAACCCACAAAGAAACGAAGUAAAAAUUAUUGA